GGCUUAAUACCCCUGGCAAACGGAGCCUACUACUCAGAGACCUGAAAAAAGAGAGAGUUGACACUGCGUGUGUCCAGGAGACCCAUUUUAAGAGGGAUCAUACUCCGAGUAUAUAUAACAAAUACUACCCGACCCAGUUCCACGCCCUUUCAGAUACCAAAACUAAAGGAGUCUCAAUUUUCAUCCAUAAAGACACGUCCCUCACACUCCAUAGAAAAAUCGUGGAUCCUAAGGGCAGGUUUAUCAUCCUCGUGGGCAUGUUUAAUAACACAAUGUAUACCUUGGCUGCGGCAUAUUUUCCUAAUAUAGAACCCAAACGCUACUUACAAACUCUCAUCCUCAUCAUAGAUGAG